GUAUUGAUUUACCGACAAUAUAUUUUAAAUAAAUCGCGUAUGAAAUUAUGUUAAGUUUAUGUGGGCCGUGAAAUCAUGCAAAGUGAUAUUUCUUAGUAAACAUAAUUCAAGAAUCACAACAAGGUAGCAAAACCUCCACCAUGGUAUCAUCAGGCAUGAAGAGCGGGCUGCUUAUGGGCUUCGGUUCCGGCUUCGUGGUACUCGGAGCUGUGGCUGUUGUCUACUGGCCGGCCUUGUUCUUCGCGCAACUUCAGAAGAUGAUGGUCCUCUCCAACACUUCGACGUCGUUCGGCAUUUGGCGCGAGGUCCCGAUCCCCAUGUACCUGGAGUGUUUCCUGUUGAACAUCACCAAUGUGGACGAGAUUCUGGCGGGCCACAACGUCUCCAUACGUGUGUCGCAAAUGGGACCGUAUGUCUACAGAGAAUAUCAUAUAAAGGAGAACAUAACGUGGCAUGACAACAACACGAUAUCAUACUUCAACAAGCGUACGUGGCACUUCCAGCCGGACAUGUCCAACGGCAGCCUGUCCGACCUGGUCACCAGCAUCAACCCUGUCGUCGUGACGGUAGCGCACAUGGUCCGCCACCAGAACAGCGUAAUCCGGAUGGGCGCGGAGUUGUUCAUGCGCGCCUUCCACGACAACAUAUUCCUCACGGCCAACGUGUCGUCGUGGCUGUUCGACGGCAUCGACGACCGCGUGCUCGACAUCAGCUCGCAGAUACCGGUCGUCCAGCUGCCCUUCGACAAGUUCGCCUGGUUCUAUACGCGUAACGGCUCCAUGGAAUACGACGGCAUAUUCCUCAUGAACACCGGCGCGGCGGACUUCAUGGAGCUGGGCAACGUCGAGAAGUGGAAGUACUCCAACCGCACCGUGUACCGCGACGAGUGCGGGGAGGUGCGCGGCUCGAGCGGCGAGCUGUGGGCGCCCGAGCUCGGCCAGCCGGCGGUCCAGGUGUUCCUGCCUGACAUGUGCACGUACCUGACCUUGGGUAUGGACAAGGAGGUUCACGUGGCCGGCAUAGACGGAGUUCAGUACGCCGCCAACGUGUCCGUGUUCGACAACGGGUACAACUACCCUAGCACGGCUUGCUACUGCGACGUGCAGCGCGACCUGGACUGCCUGCCGCCGGGCGCGCUGAACGUGUCGGCGUGCCGCUACGGCGCGCCCGCGUUCGUGUCGCUGCCGCACUUCCUGCACACCGACCCCUACUACCCCAGCAAGAUAGAGGGCUUGGACCCCACCGAUGAACAUAACUUCAGACUGGCGUUAGAAAUGCUCACGGGCAUGCCGCUUCAGGUCGCCGCUCAGUUGCAGAUCAGCAUGCUAGUCCGCCAUAUAAACCUAGUCAGCCUCAACAACCAGUUGCCGGACCCGGACACGCUGGUGCCGAUGUUCUGGUUCCGGCAGGAGGUGCACAUCACGCCCGAGUACGCGAGGCUGGCGCGGAUGGCGCUCAACCUGCGGUACGGCGUUCCGUACGCGCUCUACACGUUGACUGGUCUGGGACUCCUUCUAAUAGUAUCAGGCAUCAUAGUGCUAAUAAGAAGACUGCUGCUCUCGCCCGAGACCACGCCCAUACUGUCCGCCGAGACCACUUCUGACGAACAAUGACUAGGAAGGUUUUAAGGGUACUAAUUUUACUUACAAUUAUUAUAGCC